AUGGGGGACCAUGUCGAGCCACAAAUCACACCAGAGACCCCAGGAAGACCUUCCAUAAGGAACCCUUUUGAGAGUCCCAGUGACUACCACCAUCUCCAUGAACCUCUGGUUCCAAGCCCCUCCGUCUUCAAGUCCAAGCCUAAUAAAGCGACCCCUGCCAAGUUCAACUGGUCCAUUGAUGAGAUGGCCAGUUUACUGCCAGUACACAUAGACCCAGAGGACAUUCAACGGCAGUCCCUGUACCUCAGCCAGACAAGGAUAGAUUUUGAGGUUGAGGAGAAAUGUCAGACUGCUAUUGAAAAGUUUUUCACCAAAGAAGCCAUAGUCCCAUCACCUUGGGCUAACACAGCCACCCAAAUACCCACUCAGAGUCAUAAUAACAAAAGUCCCAUGUCACCAGUGAUAACUGAGGAGCCUGGGAAAUUCUCUGUUGCCUGUCAGACUGCCCUUUCAUUACCAGUGACUUUUGAUUUGGAGAAGAUAGUGGGAGAAUAUUAUCAUCUUGAAGAAGUGUGCGACGCUGUUCAGGAAAGCUUCAGCUCCUCCUCCCUGAGGCGAAAGCUUUUCCUGGAUGGCCAGGCCAGCAGUGACUCUGAGAACUUUAGCCCCGAGAGAGGCCAUUGCAGGAAGCAGGAGCUUCUACUGGGUGUAGGAGGGAGAGCAGUGGCUGAGGUAGACACUCCAGCCUCUAUCUUUUCCUCCCCUGUGUCCUGUCCCAGGGUGGCACCAACACCUUCUACGGGGCAGUUUUCAUCCAGUCCCAUCCAGCAGGGGUAUUUCCGUGACCACAGCAUGGGCAGCAUAACCAGCCCUGUGUUCCCUGAUAGGUCGUCUCCUGCCUGCUUUGCUUCCCCUGCUUUUUCUCCUGUUGGUUCACAAGCAACACGCACACCCCUAGGGGAGAGGAAACAGCUGAGUCAUUUGACUCCAGAUGGUGUCAGUCUUCCUCUAGACAUGGAUGUCAGCUCCUGCACUGUGAGCCCUUAUGUCGAGGGCUGUUCUCCCAUUCUUAGCUGCUCCCCACACCAUCUCCACUCCAACAGCCAUUCUUUACACAAUGCCAAGCCCAGGUUCAGGGCUCGAUACUGGGUUUCUCCUCCCCUCAUCUCCCCAAUUCUCAACCCUAAGCUCCAUGACGAUCAGGAAGAUGAGGACCAGCUCCUCUCUGCUUGUCCCCACUCUAAUUACCCCAGUAACGCCAAUCCACGACUUGGCUGGGACAGACAUAAUGAAGGAGUGGCCCGAGAUCAUUUGGAACCUGUGACUGAGGAGGGGACGGAGACCCAGACAGAGGGGAAGUUAGAGGAUAUUGGUGAGGAGGAGGAAGAGGGGGACACUGGCAGGCCUUCACUUCACUUGACCAGUUCUCAUGUGGUAAAUGCAUCAUCACCAGAGAGCUCUCGGAUGUUUUUGUCUUUGUUGGCUGAUGGAAGCAGCAUACGGCCAGACUCUAGUAUCCAGGUGGAUAGUGGGUACACAACUUCGGUGGGCACUGCCAGUCUUAUGGACGGCCUCAGUUCAGACUGUCUCAGCAAGGAGUCUCUCAGUUCAAACCCAACAGAUGAUGCCUUCUUGUUCGCUAGGCACACUAAAACUAAGGUGCUUUACCCUCUCCACUGA